CUCUGCCACAUCUUACAAAGAUAAACAGUAUAACUAUAAAACAGUAGAGAGGACGCAAAUCUCAGGGGGUACCGCAGACUUGUUCUAAAAUUUCAUAGAAAAUAUAUUAAUGGUAUGGCAGAGUUUCAGCUUCUGAUGGUGGCUGGGAUGCUAUUCAUCUCUGUGGGACCUUGUAUGGCCUAUCGGAUCUCAGGAAAUGUUGCUUUAAAAGGUGUGACCCAUCAGUCCGUUGACUUGUUGAAUGGAAACACAGCUUUCAAAGCUGUUGAUGGAAACCGAGCAGCAAGUUUAUCAAAUGAUACAUGCACUAACAUAACUGCAAAAAGUAAUCCCUGGUGGAGAGUAACCCUGCAAAAGCCGUACAAAAUUGUCAUGGUUUCCAUCACCAACCAGGGCGACUGUUGUGCUGAUAGGAUCAGUGGAGCCGAGAUUCAUGUUGGGAACAGCCUUGUCGAUGACGGCAACCAAAAUCAGCUGAUUGCAAGUGUGUACUCCAUGCUGCCUGGGAAAACACAAAAAUUCAAGAUUAGCCCCAUGGAGGGACAGUAUGUUAAUGUUCGCCUUCCAGGAGUAGACCGCAUUCUGACAUUGUGUGAAGUAGAGGUGUACGCAGUCUCUGAAGACAUGGUAGCAUUAAUAGAGUCCGAACAGAUCAACGUGGCACCAAAUGGACGUGCCACCCAGUCCAGCGUGAAUCGAGGUUCUACGGCAUGCCUGAGUCUUGCACAAAAUGCCAUUGAUGGGAAUCGCCAAUAUGACCUAUUGAAAGGCUCUUGCACUCAAACAGACACUGAAAGUAAUCCCUGGUGGAGAGUGGAUCUUAUGAAGACGUAUACAAUUGCAUCAGUGGCUCUUACCAACCGCGGUGACUGCUGUUCUGAGCAACUGAACGGAGUGGUGAUUCACAUUGGAGAUUCACUAGAGUCUGAGGGCCGUGCAAACCCGGUGUGUGUUAAAGUUUCCUUCAUCCCUGCGGGAGGGACGGGGACGUUCAGGUGUCACGGUGCAUUUCAAGGCCGUUAUGUGACUUUGGCUCUUCCAGGGGAAAACAGGACUCUGAGCUUGUGUGAAGUGGAGGUGUUCGGGAUUCCAACAGAAUAAUAUUGAUUUUGCCUUUCUUCAGCAGGUAAAUAACCCACCUAAUUCAUAUAUGCUUAAUAAAUUAUGAUCUGAUCAUAUUUUUAUAAUUCCUGCCUGCACCCUGUUUGUUACCUAUACCUGUUACAGAUAUUUGCAUGGGAAACAAAACCAUUGUCUUAAACUUAACAUGAAAAUAAUGUCUUACUUUACUUCCAGUGAAAUAUGUAAGCUAAUAUGAAUUUUAUGAUGUUUAUAUUAGCUUAUCUGAAUAAAAAAAUUGUUCAUACCAA